AAGAGAAAGAAGAAGCACUUCUAGCAAAAAAGAAGGCAUUGACUUGUGACAUCAGCCAGUUGAGAGAAUUGUAUGAAGGCUUAAUGGCAAAGUUUCCCCAUCUACAGUUUGAAUACCGACAUCCAGAAAAAAAAUGGAAUCCAAACUGUGUGAAAGGCCCUGUUGUGUGUCUCAUCACUGUGAAAGAUCUAUCCAAAGCAAAAGCCCUCGAAGCAGCGGCGGGAGGGAAACUCUAUAACAUUAUUGUGGACACAGAGGUUACUGGCAAAAAGCUUUUAGAAAAGGGUGAACUAAAGCGUCGAUACACUAUCAUUCCACUGAACAAAAUUUCAGCCAAGUGUGUUGGACAAGACAAGGUCAAGUUGGCACGAACCUUGGCUGGUCCUGAUAACCUGCAUUUAGCCCUUUCUCUAGUUGGAUAUGAAUCUGAACUGCAGAAAGCAAUGGAAUAUGUCUUUGGAACAACACUGAUCUGUAAUAACAUGGAUAAUGCUAAGAAAGUGACCUUUGACAAAAGGAUAAUGACGAGAAGUGUUACACUUGAUGGGGAUACGUUUGACCCCCAGGGCACCCUACAUGGAGGUGCGUGCUCACAGGCUGUACCAAUAUUGUCUAAACUUCAAGAAAUUAAAAACAUUGAAGUAGAACUCAAGAUAAAAGAAUCUGAACUACAGACUGUAGAGAAUGAGCUGGCAAGCUUGAAGAAUGUUGCUGAAAAGUACCGUCAACUGAAGCAGCAGUGGGAGAUAAAGUCAGAGGAGGCAGAGCUGUUGCGAAUGAAGCUUAAUCAAAGUGCUUAUCACAAACAAGAGGAAGAGCUGCUUCACCUGGAGAAAACCAUUGCGGAGUGUGAAGAGACAUUAAAGAAAACUGAAGAGAACCAAAAGAAGGCAGAAGAUAAAUACAAGGUAUUAGAGAAUAAAAUGAAAAACGCAGAAGCAGAAUAUGAAAAAGAACUAAAAAGUGCCCAGCAAAAACUAGAUGAUGCCAAGAAAAAGGCAGAUGCUUCAAGGAAAGAAAUGAAAGAAAAGCAGCAGGAAGUUGAAGCUUUAAUUCUGGAACUUGAAGAGCUAAAACAAGAACAGGCCUCCUCUGAACAACAGAUAGUGGCUGCAGAUGAAGCAAUCAAAUCCUAUCAGGAGCAAGUUAACGCUAUGGCAGCUGAGGUGUCUAAGACAAAGAAAUCUGUGGAGAAAUUGCAGGAGGAGCUGGCCAGGGAAAAGGAAGUAGUAGCGUUAAAGGAUAAAGCAAUUACAGCCAAAUCUGCAGAGAUGGGAAAAUACAGAGAACAAAAUAAGGAAUUACAGCUUAAGGUUAAAGAAUUAGAACACAAUAUCAGCAAACAUCAACAAGAGUGUGCUGAUGCUGCUGCCAAGGUGACCAGAAUGCUGAAAGACUAUGAGUGGAUAGCUUCAGAGAGACCACUUUUUGGUCAGCCAAACACAGCCUAUGACUUCAAAACUAAUGAUCCUAAAGAAGCAAGUCAGAAGCUGCAGAAAUUGCAAGAGAGAAAAGGGAACCUGGGAAGGAGUGUGAACAUGAGAGCUAUGAAUAUGCUUUCUGAGACAGAAGAGAGGUACAAUGACUUAAUGAAGAAAAAAAGAAUUGUAGAGAAUGACAAGAUAAAAAUUCUUGCAGCUAUUAAAGAGCUUGACCUCAAGAAAACUGAAGCUUUAAAUAUUGCUUGGAAAAAGGUGAAUGAAGACUUUGGUUCCAUUUUCUCAACACUUCUACCAGGAGCCAAAGCUAUGCUAGUACCCUCUGAAAAACAGAAUGUCUUGGAUGGUCUGGAGUUCAGAGUUGCUUUAGGAAACACCUGGAAGGAAAACUUAACAGAACUUAGUGGAGGACAAAGAUCAUUGGUGGCCUUGGCGUUGAUCUUAGCCAUGCUUCUCUUCAGACCUGCCCCAAUUUACAUCUUGGAUGAAGUGGAUGCAGCCCUUGAUCUCUCUCAUACCCAGAAUAUUGGGCAGAUGAUCCAAACUCAUUUCAGGCACUCCCAGUUUGUUGUGGUGUCCUUGAAGGAUGGAAUGUUUAGCAACGCAAACGUCCUCUACAAGACCAGGUUUCUGGAUGGUGUAUCCACUGUUACAAGAUACGAGCAGUUUCAAAGAAGAAAGAGCCAGCCUGCUCUUGAGAAAGCCCAGAGUGACAAAAGAGGACUUGGAGAAUUCUUUCAG